CAAGGUAGUCAUAUCAACCUCCGCUCCCUCCCGAUAAGCCAGAUAUGGGGAUUUCCUGUUGAGCAUAUGCUUCAUGGGAUCCGAUAAGGACGUUACACAGACAAGGACGCCUCGCCUUUCUCCGAGCAUCAUCUGUGGCUGCUCCGGCAUUUCCACGUUCUUUUCGCCAUCGACUCGGAAACGAAGAUGAAAACCCUCGUGCUCCUCGGGACCAUCUGCGCCUUCCUCGUUCCCUCCUCAUGGAGUCUGAAAUGCUACAGCUGCGCCGGUGUGGACUGCGAGAGAUUGCCGAGCGAAGAGCAGGAAGAGAAUUGCGAUUACCUCACCAUCGUACCUAACCAGGAAUACUAUUGCGGCUUCGGCUUCGCUGACAACUCCAGAGAGAAAGUCGUGAGGAGGAUGUGCGUUCUGCACGACCCCUUUCAGGAAGGUUGCUUCUGGACCGACAAGCUCCCCGGUGCAAAUUACACGUGUCUUUGCCCCACGGAUUUCUGCAACGACUUCGUCCCCCACAAAGUGCCGCCGAAGACGACGACGACGACGGAGUUUCCGACGGAGGAUCCCAGGGAGGGAGCCUCCACGGACGAGAACGGGGGCGUCGCGCCGACGGCCGCCGUUGCCCUUCUCGUUUCUGGCAUCCUUGUUGGGGUUGGCGCGCGUUGACAACACUGGCGCGGGUCGAAGACGCGGGCGCGGGAUCUGGUCUCGAACGUUUCCCAGCAGCAAUCUGUCUUACAAUAAAAGGUUUCUUCGUACGCUUGAUGUUCGUCUCAUCGCGAUGUUCUUCGCUGCAUGAGAGGGUCGAGAAUUUUUUUAUUGCAUCUUUUAUGUGAUAGUUCGCAUCAUUUGGGCACGGGUAUUAUACUUCAUAUCUAAGCGAAUAAAAAUGAAUAGAGAUUAAACAGGG